AUGCCAAAUUCCGGAGAAACCUACGUCAUUGGAGCAUUGCGAAACAGGGGAAUUCGCGUCUAAAGGUAGCGUAUACGUGAAGCCAUAAACACUGUUGACCCAGGUAGACGUGCUUUAAGGCGAUUUUGAAAAGUAAUUAAGACGCACAUACAAAGUUCCAUGCCCAAAUGCACUUUGAUGAGAGAAAAAAAAUAUUUAAUAUAUAUUUAUUCACUGGGAGGUACUAUGGGACUGGUUCUCUAGGAAUGUUGUAAAAGAAUGCAUAUGGAAAGGGUGGGGUGAGCAAUAAUACUUUUUUUUCAUUUUCACCAGCCUCUCUCUCCUGGUAAUUGUCUUCCCUAAGUUGGCAAUUUCUGCUGGUAAUAACCAACUUAUUUGAGGGUACCUCAAACAAAAAAAAACAAAACAAAAAAAAUAUACAUAUCUGUGGUCUUUGUGAUUCUUUUUGAAGUUUAUGCCAGAUUGAGCUAUAAUGCACUAAAAGGCUAGUAACUAUUUCACUGAUUUAAGUGUGUUCACUCCAUAAAAGCUUGGUAAUUUGCUGCUGAAAACUACACUUCUUGUAUUAUUGCAUGUUUGUUUUUAUUUACUGUAGGCACAUUGACAGCCAUCACAAAUUGAGAAGAUGGCGUUUUGUGAUUCAUGGUGGUAUUGAUGGUUAUAGUAGAUACAUUGUUUACCUCCAAUGCUCCAAAAACAACAAAUCAGAAACUGUCACUAAACCUUUUUUUAGAGGCAGUUAA